AUGCAAGAUGCUCCUGCGGCACAACUCCGCUACAGCAAGCAGACCCCCAUGCCAGCUGCUGUCAGAGUGCUCAUUGCUGAACACAUCCAGCGUGGCGGCGAUCACAUCCUCCGCCAUAGCACGCGGCAGUCGGUCGCAUAUGCGGCCAAUACCCUUAGCGGCGCUCCAGCGCACCACCGUGUCUUUGUGACAGACAGCCUCCAGCAGCAGUCCAAUAGCUUCCUCUAA